UAGAACAGUGUAGUUCGUCGCCAUUUUGUUUAUUUUCACGUAAAAGAGAUUUGAGAGACGAUCAUCAAAGCAGAUCGUUCUAUCUUUUUUCGUGAAAACAUCAGCUGAGUGUUUCAGUAAUCAAAUUAAAAAACUGGAAACACUGAUAAAAAAAUUUGUUAGCACGGAGAAUUAUUGGCAGAGGUUGGAAAGAGUAUUAAGAUCGAAACAUAGUGGAGCUGAAGUUUGCAAGAAGUACGUAGAUUUCACGAUUAGUAGCGCGCCGGUCCCGCGGUGCGGAAACCGUUUCUCGGAUCGGUCGAGAAAGAGUGAGGGAGUACAAAGUGAAAAGUGUGAGCAAGAUAGAUACUACAGGAAUAAGAAAAGAAAUAGUUGUAGCGACAAAAGCAGGGACAACGUAGAAAUUACGAAGAUAUUGCACAAGGGUGGAAUAUAUGUUGUGGGCGUCCCCCGAAAAAGCGGGGGCAUUUGAUAGCCGCAGAAAUUGGGCUCAUCACAAGUAAAUAUCAAUCGUCGUGUGGUAAAACGACAUCGCUCUCAAGUCGUAGUAGUGACGCGAACCCGGUUACGAUUGGAAUUGAACAAGUACAAGAGCAAAAUUUGCUUGAGCAAAAAUCUUCCGUCCCUGACGAAAAUAAUCAGUUUAUUGAACGACAACAGUCAAUUUUUGCUCGCAAUUCGUACAUAGUUACAUCAGUUAAAUUAACUUCAGAAGUAACCUCGACGGCGGAAGCCGCCUCCGAGGUUCCCGGCGCAAUCAAGACGACCAUCAAUAUCGGCAUUGCGAUGAACCACGUUAACGAUCAAGAAAAUCUUAAACAACUCAACCUGGCACCAGUUCAGGUUAAUGAAGUUGAAGAAAUGGAUACACAAGAAGGAGAAACACCAAAUGAUGGUGGAGGAGAUGGCAAUGAUACUAGUCCUAUGAACGGAGAAUCAGAAUUAGCUUGUAUAGUUCAAGAUCAAGAAAUGGAGGAAGACGAAGCAAGAUCAGAAGCAACAUUUCGCUAUACAGUGGAAAAUCUUUCUAAAAUGAAAGAAACUCAGUUAUCACCUCCAUGUUAUGUUCGUAAUUUACCAUGGAAGAUAAUGGUAAUGCCAAGAUCAAGUCAAACACAAGAUAGAGCUCCUCAAAAAUCACUUGGUUUCUUCUUGCAAUGUAAUGGAGAAAGCGAAUCAUCGUGGAGUUGUUAUGCAGUUGCAGAUCUUCGAUUACUUUCUUGUAAGGAAGGACAGGAACCAUUUAGUAGAAAGAUUCAACAUCUUUUCUAUAGUAAAGAAAAUGAUUGGGGAUUUAGUCAUUUUAUGACAUGGCAAGAUGUUUUGGAUCCUGAUAAAGGUUUUAUUAAAGAUGAUUCUAUUACACUUGAGGUUCAUGUCAUGGCUGAUGCUCCACAUGGUGUCAGUUGGGAUAGUAAAAAGCAUACAGGAUUUGUAGGUUUAAAAAAUCAAGGUGCUACAUGCUAUAUGAAUUCUUUGCUUCAAACUUUGUAUUUUACUAAUCAGUUACGUAAAGCAGUCUACAAAAUGCCGACUGAAAGUGAUGAUUCUAGUAAAAGUGUUGCUUUGGCUUUACAAAGGGUAUUUCAUGAAUUGCAAUUCUCUGAUAAACCAGUAGGUACAAAAAAAUUAACUAAAAGUUUUGGUUGGGAAACAUUGGAUUCUUUUAUGCAACAUGAUGUACAAGAAUUUUUACGUGUGCUUUUAGAUAAGUUGGAAAGUAAAAUGAAAGGUACAUGUGUAGAAGGUACAGUGCCAAAAUUAUUUGAAGGAAAAAUGGUGUCAUUUAUCAAGUGUAAAAAUAUUGAUUAUAAAUCAACUAGGGUUGAAACUUUCUAUGAUAUACAAUUAAAUAUUAAAGGAAAGAAAAAUAUUUAUGAGUCGUUUAAUGAUUAUGUGAGUACUGAAAGUCUGGAUGGUGAUAAUAAAUAUGAUGCGGGAGAAAAUGGUUUACAAGAGGCGGAAAAAGGUGUUAUCUUUUCGUCAUUUCCACCAGUAUUGCAUUUACAUUUAAUGCGAUUUCAAUAUGAUCCAGUUACAGAUUGUUCUGUGAAAUUUAAUGAUAGGUUUGAAUUUUAUGAAAAAAUAAGUCUUGGCAAAUAUUUACAAAAUAAAGAAACAACAAGUGCAGAUUACACAUUGCAUGCAGUCUUAGUUCAUAGUGGAGAUAAUCAUGGUGGACAUUAUGUUGUAUUUAUCAAUCCAGCUGGUGAUGGAAAAUGGUGCAAAUUCGACGAUGAUGUCGUCUCAAGGUGUACAAAACAAGAAGCUAUUGAACAUAAUUAUGGUGGUCAAGAUGAGGAUAUGUCUAUAGCUGUGAAACAUUGUACGAAUGCCUAUAUGUUGGUGUACAUAAGGGACUCUGAGUUGGAAAACGUCUUACAAGAAGUUAAGGAAGAGGAUAUACCUCAAGAGCUGGUGGAGAGGCUGCAAGAGGAGAAGAGGCUGGAACAAAUACGAAGAAAGGAAAGAACAGAAGCAUACUUGUAUAUAACCGUCAACGUCCUUCUUGAGGAUAAUUUUGACGGUCACCAAGGGAAUGACUUGUAUGAUCCAGAACAUGCUUUGUAUCGUGUAUUUCGCGUACGUAAGCAGUGUACCUUGCACGAGUUUCUCGAAUUGCUGAGUGAUAGCUUGAAAUAUCCAAUAGAGCAAAUUCGUCUAUGGCCAUUGAAUGUACGUUCAAAUCAAACUUGUAGACCAAUGCCAAUUGAAUUAGAAAAUGAUCUUCAAAAAUCUAUUUAUCAAUGCGCGGAAAACCCGAAUGUUUGGAAUGUAUUUGUUGAACUUGUUCCUCCAGAUUCUGAUUUAACAGCAUUACCACCUUUCGAUAAAGAUACUGAUGUUCUCUUAUUUUUUAAAUUAUAUGAUCCUAAAAAUAAAAAGAUUCAUUACUGUGGACAUCAUUAUAUGCCUGUCACAGCUAAAGUCCAGGAACUUAUACCAAUUUUAAAUGAGAGAGCUGGUUUUCCACCUGAUACGGAAUUAGCUCUUUAUGAAGAAAUUAAGCCAAAUUUGGUAGAAAAAAUAGAUAAUCUAACAGAACCAUUAGAAAAAGUUCUUGAAGAAUUAAUGGAUGGAGAUAUUAUUGUUUUUCAAAAAGAAGGAGACAAUCAAAUGUAUGAGCUUCCAACAUGUAGAGAAUAUUUUAAAGAUCUAUUUCAUAGAGUAGAAGUUACAUUUUGUGAUAAAACGAUUCCUAAUGAUACUGGUUUUACAAUGGAACUUUCAUUAAGAAUGACAUAUGACCAAAUGGCAAGAGCUGUGGCACAGAGACUUGGUACAGAUCCUUAUCUUCUGCAGUUCUUUAAAUGUCAAACUUACAAAGAUUCACCUGGACAUCCAUUAAAAUGUACAUUUGAAGGUUCAUUGAAAGAUUUGGUUUCUUACUGUAAACCUAAAGCGAAAAAAUUAUAUUAUCAACAGCUUAGUAUUAGAGUAAAUGAACUUGAAAAUAAAAAGCAAUUCAAAUGUAUAUGGGUUGGUCCAUCUCUUAAAGAAGAAAAGGAAAUUAUUCUUUAUCCUAACAAAAACGGAACAGUAGCAACAUUGCUUGAAGAAGCUAAAAAACAAGUAGAAUUAUCAGAAAAUGGAUCCGGAAAAUUAAGGAUAUUAGAAAUUAAUUCUAGUAAAGUCUCACCUGGUCCAAGAGAAGAUGUACCUUUAGAUAACUUAAAUACAUCUGGUACAAAAUUAUACAGGAUAGAAGAAAUUCCAAAUGAUGAAUUAAAUUUGGCAGAUGAUGAAAUGUUGGUUCCUGUUGCACAUUUCCAUAAAGAUAUUUUUUCAACAUUUGGUAUUCCCUUUUUCUUUAAAAUCAAACAUGGUGAGCCUUUUCCAAAAAUGAAGGAAAGAUUAUUGAAGAAAUUGGGAGUACAGGAAAAAGAAUUCGAAAAGUUUAAGUUCGCGGUGGUAACAAUGGGUAAACCACACUUUAUUAUGGAUUCGCCAGAAUAUUGCAUGGAUCUUGCAGAUUUUCGUAUUCAUCCAAAUCAAAUUUAUCCACUUUUAAAUGCAGGCACAUCGCCACUUAGGCCUUGGCUUGGCCUAGAACACGUCAACAAAGCGCCAAAGCGCUCUCGUAUCAACUACCUCGAAAAGGCCAUUAAAAUUUACAAUUAAAUUUUCAUCAUACGAAAAAGAAUAAAAUUAGGCAGCCACUCAUAUAAUUUAUACGACUCUAUAGUAAGAAAGCAACGUCUGAUAUACGAUGGUUGGAAAUGCGUUUGUAUUCGGUUCUUCAGCCAGAUAGUACACAGUUUUAAUAUUAUGAUCAUGUUAACGAAAGGUAAAUUUACGCUUUGUAUACGAUGGAUUAAGAGACUGUAAUGACCCUGCAAUGAUACUUUAUGCAUCAUGGAAGUUCUCCCUUUCGAAUCGACAGGGAUUUUACGUAAUGGCUGGAUCGAUGGUACUACAUUGAUUCCACUAUGCUCCAACAAUGGAUUAGACACUUCUCUCUACGAAAUCAAUUUUUAUGUUUGUAAAUAUUUUGCUGAUCAAUGGCAAUUAUUUAACAAAUAUUUUUGAAAACACUGUUUUCAUUACAUUCGAGUCUGUCAAGAACAAGAAUUUAUUUAAAUGCAUAUUUUAGUACUAAAUAAAGAAAUACGGAUAACAACUGCAGAAUGAAGAAAACUCGUAUCAGGAAACAAAAAGGUAUUUAUAAAUAUAGCGUACUACUUCUGUACAGUAUAUUUUUUCUCGAAAUUUUAGUUAUUUGAUCCUGCCACGUAAAAUCUUUGUAAUUGAAUAUAACAAGACCCAAAGAAACACUAUGUACUGUUCUACGUGAUGUAAUAUUUAAUACCCAUAAUCAGAAAAAAAUUGUCUAUAUAUACUCUUAUUUUAUAUCACAUUCAGGAUGUUUGAAACGCAAACUUAUAAUUAAUAUUGUAAUCUUACAUUCUAUAUAUUUUUUUGCGAAAUAAUAAAUAUUAAUUAAAAUUUUAUAUCAUUUCUUAAUGCAUUUUUAUAUAUAAAAUGUAAUUUAAUUAAACUUUAAUUAAGUAGAACGAUAUAAUUAAAUUAUAUAUUUCUUAGCAAAAUUAUUAUUACAAAAUAUCCAUAAAAUAAUUUCUAAAAUUUCUGGAUUGUCUUCCAAACAUCCUGAAAUUUUUUGUUUAAAUAUUCUUUGUGUGUUUUAUGCGUAUAUAUAUUUUAUUGAGAUUCUAUGAAAUUUUGCAAAUAUGUAAUAAUAGAUUAACAUUAAUAACGAAGUAAUCUCAAUUACAAUAUCAGAAAAAAAAAAAAGAAAAAACACAUUGAAUAUAGCAAAUUCAUCACAAUUUGAGUAAAUUAUAUAGAAUAUAUUGGAAGAUAAAAAUUAUUUAAAAAGAAGGGUCAUUUCACAAUUUCAUUAAUCAAGCUUUUUUUUGUUUUAUUAAUUAUUUCAUAAUUUUGUUCUUUUAUUUUUUAUUCACUGCACACUUUACGCGAUAACUUGCCACGAUAUUAUUACAAGAUUUCUUAUUAUUUAUGAAUCAUUUUUUAUUCAACAUUUUCUCCUGUCUGUAACUGUGAUUAAAGUCUUUCUUCGAGACGUUUUAAUUCAUGGCUCCACAAUACCUAAGAAUGUUACUAAAUAUUGAGAGAAGAUGGAGCGAUUUAUUCAAUUUAUUUAAUAAAUAAAUUUUUUUCUAAGAGUUUAGUUUAUUAUAGUUAUUUAAAAAAAAAGAAAGAAUUUUAAAGUUCAAUACAAAACUCUUAAAAUAUAUCAAGUUGAUGAUUUUAAUUCAAGUUAAUUAGUUAGUCUAUUAGAAUUAUUGCUACAACACAAUUGGAACGAUAAUUUAUAUUGAUAUAUUAUAUAAUUUAAAGAAAUGUAUUAAAUGUAGCUCUUAUGAGUAUGUUAUUAUUCUGAUGAUGCCACGUUUUUUAAAGCGCAUUUCAACAUCGACGAAUAAUUACUAUAAAUUGAUAAUAAAUAAGAAAUUUAUGCGAUGUGCAGUAAUAUUUACGAAGACUGGACAUGCUAGUUGUGAAGAUUGCAAUAUUUUGUAAACCCAAACGUGUACAGCUAGUUUGACUAACUACAGCCGUAAUUUUAAUCAUGUAUAUGCUUUCAUACGUUUCGUUGUAAACAUUCAACUGCAGUUGAUUAUUUUUGUUCUUAAAAAUAAUUUUAAUAUAUAUCCUAUUAAAAAUUUAGAAUUUCUGCAAUUAUUUUAUUAUGUGGUUUUGAACAAAUUCAAAUUUUCUUCGUUCUUUUUUUCUUCUUUUAACUCAAAAUUGUUAAUCAUGAAAAGAUAAAAUACUAAAGAAAUAUUAAAUAAUUUUUAGAAUUGAGAAAAUUAAUAAUUUCAUUUCUGUAAUUAAAUUACGUAUGAAAAUCAUUAGUCUGAUUCUUUCUAAUGAUAAUUUUUUUGAUUUGCUUUUCUGAUAAAAGCAAUGCAGAAGUUUCGAUUGAAGGAAUAGCAUAUAUAUAUAUAUCUGGAAACUAUGAAAAUAUAAAUUACGUUUUAUUAUUCAUAUAUAUAUAAUUACAUAUGUAUAUUAAUUGUAUACAUAUACAUUUUAUUGUUACGUUCCUCAAUGAAUACUAACAGUAAUGAUGAUUUCGAAGUUGAAGAUAGAUGAAUAUCACUUGUGACAAUGUUAAUAGUAACUAUGUAUUUUUUGCACUAAAUCAUAUGAAAAUUAUAUUGGAAGAAAAUUAUUUAAGUUAUUGUAUUAUAAUAAAAAAUAUAAAAAUAUAACAAAAA